AUGGCAUUCCCUGCUGACCAACCCGCCGCUCCCCGGAGCUUCGGCGUCGAGUUGGAAGACGACGGACUUGAUGCAGACUACAGCAUGAUUGCAAACGAGUACCCCGAAGAAGACGACUAUUACGCCUUGCUGGGACUGUCACAGAAGCCACCUCCGACCGAGGCUGAUAUCCGUUCGGCGUAUCGCAACCUGUCCCUCAGCUUUCACCCGGAUAAACAACCACCGCAUCUCCGCGAGACCGCUAGACAACACUUCACCCGGAUACAGGAGGCAUAUGAUACCCUCAUCGACCCUAAAAAACGCAUAGUCUACGAUCUAGUCGGAGCGGAAGGAGUUAGGCAAGAAUGGGGUCAUCGCGGUGCAAUGGGGCUUGCAGGAGAAGCGCAGCAACAAGAUGUCGGGGUUAAAACAAUGGCACCUGAGGAGUUUCGGCAAUGGUUCCUGAAGACGAUGAAGAAACGAGAACGCAAGGCCGUGGAAAGCUUAGUGGCAUCUAAGGGAAGCAUUAUUAUAGGUAUCAACGCGCAGGAUACAAUCACGGUGGACGAAGACGACGAUGUAAUGAUCGGAAUGCCAUCGGCACGCAUUAACACCUUUGGUGCAACAUACGAGUUCAAAGCCCCAUUGCCUCUGCCAGACUUCCUGACUAAAAAAGAUAGCGACGAGGAUGAGAAGGAUGAACAGAGCCAAGAGCAGCCCUCAGCAAAUAACGAGCCAGAGGAGGUGGAAGACCCCGUUGAAAUCAGUUUCACUGCUGGAAUUAAUGGUGGUGUCGUUCGCCAAAAACAACCCUACUACGUUACAUAUGAAGACAGCGACGAAAUGGUGCAGGUGCAGGUGGAUGGUCCACGUAUUCUGGCUGCCAAAGACAUCAACCUAGGUGCCACAAUUAUCCCUAAUUUCAGGGCACUGGCAGGCACCAAAGGAAUCUGGAGUCGGCGCCCGUUAUCAUUCCUGCUUGAUUCAAGAGUAUUCAUGGAGGGUAUUCUUCUUCCGGAAAGAGCACUCAAAACGACAAUUGCUCGUUCCUUACAGCCGAUUUCUGGUGUCAAGCCCAUCUCAGUGACUGCUAGUGGCACUAUCAAACACUCACUAUUCGAAGCCCCUCCUUCCUUUGAAAUUCAAACAUCAAAAGAAAUCGCUUCAAGAAAGAUAGCCGUGUGCUCCUGGUCGAGUGGCGCAUGGCAGUGGCCGGAAUUCCUACGCGACCGUUUCACGUCUCUUGGAAUGGGCGCUGAUACCAUGUAUGCCUCGGAGUUUGACCCUGGGAGUUUUCUUAUCGGUCUCGUCUCGCUGCCUAAAAAUGCUGGGAAAAUGGUCAGCGUUGAUGAGGACGAGGAAGAGGAUGAGGAGCUGCAAGAACUUCUCCAAAAACAGAAGGCCAUUGAUCGUGCUGCAGAGUCAUGGACAACCCAACUGGCCGUUUCUCCCCAUGGGGGCAGUCUUGUCCUGAAAUACGGACGCAACUUGUUUUCUGGCAAGGCAUCAGACGACCCCGUCAAGUCCGAGUGGAGUGGCGAAGGCUACUUUCCUAUGCAGAAGAUGGGUGAAGCCCGCGCUGUGCGACUCGAAGUCAUGACCUCUGUUACUCCUGAUCUCCAAAUUGGCUGGACAGUCCAGGGAACUAGGCGAGUUGGUGAAUAUACCAAAGUAGGACUGGGUGUCGGCCUUGCACAUAGUGGAGUACAUAUGACUGUCUCAUGGAAUCGACUAGGUCAGAACAUCAAAAUACCGAUUAUCCUUUGCCCUGCGAACGAGGCCAAUCAUGACGCCGCAAUGUUGGCUACUGUUAUCCCCUGGUUGGCAUAUUGUGCAAUCGAGUUUGGUUAUAUACGACCCCGCGACCGAAAGAAACGACGACAAGCUGCGGCUAAUCGCCACAAAGAACUGAAGAAGCUUAUUCCCAAGAAACGGGCGGAGAGUCUCCAAGCCAUUGAGCUCAUGGCUGAUCAAGUUCAAAGGCGGCAGGACAGAGAAGAGGCACAAGAAGGUCUGGUUAUCACAAAGGCUGAAUAUGGAUAUGUUCCUUCCAUGAGCAAGAAACUACAGUCCAAGUUCCCAGAUGCUCGUCUUAUUGACGUGACCAUUCCGGUGGCCGCAUUGGUUGAUCGAGCUCAGCUGGUAAUCCCUGAAAAUACGGUCAAAUUCAAAAUUAUCGGAUUCCAUGACCCCGCGCCUCUUCUGCCCAAACGACUGAGGGUUUGGUACACGUUCCAAGGCCGCGAACAUUUUGUCGAUGUUGGGGAUAAGGAGGGCUUUGCUUGCCCUAUGCGUACACAUCUCGCUUCCUGA